AUGGCUGAAAAGGGAUCUCUCGGUUCUGGAGGCGGAAGCCCUGACCCCGAGCGUCGCCAAUCCCAAAUCCAAACCCCUUCGUCGCGAUGGGCGUCUCUUUUCGGUGGUAAAGGUGUUACUGUCGGGCCUCGUAUUGCUGAUCUCCCCGAAUUUGUGAGGCGUGAUCUUUCAGACUCGGAAGACUCUAGCUCGGCCAUCCUCAACAAACAGCUUGAGGCCGAACAAGGAGAACAGAUCCAGUACCGCACUUGCUCAUGGCAAAAGACCGCUGGUCUGCUCUUCAGUGAGUACAUUUGUCUCGCCAUCAUGAGUUUCCCUUGGUCGUACAGUGUUCUCGGUUUGGUUCCUGGUAUUAUCCUGACAAUCGUUAUUGCUCUUAUCGUUCUUUACACCAGUCUUGUGCUCUGGGAGUUUUGCCUGCGCCAUCCUGAAAUGCGCGAUGUCUGUGAUAUUGGGCAGAUGCUAUUCUGGGGCAAGAAGUGGGCUUGGUGGGCAACUGCUGUGUGCUUCAUCCUAAACAACACUUUCAUCCAAGGUCUUCACGUUUUGGUCGGUGCCAAGUACCUCAACACCAUGACUGCCUCCGAUGAUGUCGGUGGCUGCCGAACUGUCAUGUUCUCCGUUAUUGUUGCCCUCAUCAGUUGGAUCUGCUCCUUGCCCAGGACCUUCGACAUGAUGGCCAAGCUCGGAACAGCCUCGGCCAUCUUCACCUUCAUUUCCGUCCUCCUUGCUGCCAUCUUCGCUGGCAUCCAGGAUCACCCGUUCGGAUAUGACCCUGCAAAGUUGGGCGAGCCCAUCGUCACCGCCAUCCCUGUCAAGGGCACGACAUUCGUCAACGGAAUGUCCGCCUUUCUCAACAUCAGCUAUACCUUCAUCGGCCAAAUCACUCUGCCCAGUUUCAUUGCUGAGAUGAGAGACCCUCGAGACUUCCCUAAGGCUCUUUGGGCGUGCACAAUUGCUGAGAUCAUCGUCUUCAGUCUUGUGGGAGCUGUUGUGUAUGCUUAUACAGGCAACCAGUAUGUGACAGCACCUGCUUUCGGCUCGCUGGAGAAUGUGUACAAGAAGGCAGCAUUCUCGUUCAUGAUCCCAACCAUCAUCUUCCUUGGUUGUCUAUACGCUUCGGUCUCGGCCCGCUUCGUCUUCUUCCGUGUUUUCCGCAACUCCAAGCAUCUGAACAGCCAUACUCUGGUUGGCUGGGGAUCUUGGAGUGGAAUUCUGUUCGCGACUUGGGUAUUUGCUUUUAUCAUCGCCAUGGUGAUUCCUUUCUUCAACUCUCUGCUUUCCGUUAUGUCAUCUCUUUUCGACAGCUGGUUCGGGUUCAUCUUCUGGGGUGUUGCCUACUUCCGAAUGCGCGAAGCCGAUCAAAAGAUUGGCCGACAUCACAGCAAGAUCACCGAUAUGACUGGCAAUAUUGUGAACCUCGUCCUGAUCGCAAUCGGUAUUGCAUUCCUCACAGUCGGCACGUACGCCAGUGUGCAAGGCAUUAUUGAUCAGUUUGAGGCCGGUACAGUAGCUGGUGUAUUCUCAUGCGCUACCAAUGGUUUGUAA